UCAAUCAAUUGAAGAAGAAAAUUUCACUAGCCAAAAUAAUCCUCCAAACUUUUCCAGAAUAUCAAACGGAAACUUAAACUGUAAUAAUCGUUAGAAAAGUGCCAAAUUAUUGCAUUGACGGUAAAUGCAGCGGAAGAAGUGAACUCAAAUAGCAAAUACUACAUCGACGCCUUCAGUUCUGGAAAUCGAACAGCAAUAUCUAAGCGAUACCUGAUCGGGCAAAAUAGUCUCCGGAUUCAACAAAUUGAUUGACCUGGGACCAAAAUCAACCAAAAAUGGAAGAGAUUUGAUCACUUGCAUCCUAAAAUCGCAAUUCCUUCCUAAACUGUUCUUCCAUCAUCGAUUGCCCACAUUCCCUACUGGUCCUACAUUAGGACAAAGAACGAAGGGAAGCGGCCCAGCAACAACAGUAGCAUCAGCAUCACCAUCACCAUGAAACGCCAAAAUAUUCGAACGCUCUCGCUGGUGGUUUGCACGUUCACCUACCUCCUGAUAGGGGCGGCCGUGUUCGAUGCGCUCGAGUCGGAAACAGAAGCCCGCCGGUGGGAAUUUUUGAAGAACGUCAAAGCUACAUUCGUAGCCAAGUACAACAUCACGCCGGAGGACUACCACAUGAUCGAAAUUGUCAUCACCGAGAACAAACCUCACAAGGCUGGACCCCAGUGGAAGUUCGCCGGUGCGUUCUACUUCGCCACGGUGGUACUCGCCAUGAUCGGCUAUGGGCACUCCACACCCGUCACCAUCGGAGGAAAGGCGUUCUGCAUGGCAUACGCCAUGGUUGGCAUCCCGCUGGGGCUGGUCAUGUUCCAGAGCAUCGGUGAGCGUCUGAACAAGUUUGCUUCCGUGGUGAUACGGCGCGCGAAAAAGUAUCUUCGCUGCCAGCAAACGGAAGCCACCGAGAUGAAUCUAAUGUUGGCCACGGGAUUGCUUUCGUCGGUUAUCAUCACGACCGGCGCAGCUGUGUUUUCCAAGUAUGAGGGCUGGUCAUAUUUCGACAGUUUCUAUUACUGUUUCGUUACAUUAACGACAAUUGGAUUCGGAGACUACGUGGCCCUGCAAAACGAUCAAGCGUUGAUCAACAAGCCGGGCUACGUUGCCUUGAGUUUGGUGUUUAUUCUGUUCGGACUGGCAGUCGUAGCUGCUAGUAUCAAUCUGCUCGUGCUGAGAUUCAUGACCAUGAAUGCCGAGGACAUUCGACGGGACGAGGCCGAAAUGCAAUCGUCGGUGGAUGGUUUGAACUACGAGUCCGAGUCCACCGGAAAACUGCUAUCCUGUGGUCAGCUGAACAACUACUGUUCGGAAGUGGAAGAGGAGGACACGUCCGUUUGUUCGUGCACAUGCCUCGGUGGAAACAGUUUUACAGCCCACGAAAAUGAGUUUCUGCUGGAUCAGGGCUACCAUCCGGCGGAUAUUAUUACCAGCACCAUAAGCCUCAAGCGAAUGUCGAUAUAGAAGGAGGAGGAGAAGGAAGAAUUGUCAAUCCAAACUUUACGAACAAGUUGCCAAAUAUUGAAUUGUAUUAGGUAGAUCGAAAGUUAUUUCUUGGCAAAACAAAAGAUUCUCAAAUUAAAUGGCGAAGGAAGGUGAUUCAAGAACCAAUAACAUUCAAUUGAAUCUAGUGUAAAGUUAGAUGCCAUAGUAGGUAUUUCUUAUAGAUAUAGGUUAAGCAAAAUUCUAAAUUUCUGUACAUCUUGGACUAAUGUUUUUAAAUGCAAAUAAAUCUUAGUAACGAAAG